AUAUCCCUAAAAUGUCGUCUUUUAGAUAUUGAGGUAAUAUCGCUUUGUAGACGCCGAUACAUAUUUAUUGUAAUUGAAUACUUUGUUAUUGAUAAAAAAUGGUAAAAUUGACUGUUGAUUUAAUUGAACAAGCCGAGCAGUUCACUAACCCCGUGAGGGACCGUGAAUUGCAACUGCGUGGAUAUAAAUUUCCAAUGAUUGAAAAUCUUGGAGCAACUCUGGACCAGUUCGAUACUAUUGAUAUGACUGACAAUGAGGUUCGAAAACUUGACGGAUUUCCACUUUUAAGACGAUUGAAAAACUUACUUCUGGGCAAUAAUAGAAUACAGCGAAUUGCUUCUGGUCUUGAAGAAUGCUUACCAAAUUUGGAAACUCUCAUAUUGACAAAUAAUAACCUUCAGGAGUUAGGAGAUAUCGAUUCUUUACAAGAAUUAAAAAAAUUAACAACUGUCAGUUUCAUGAGAAAUCCUAUAGCCAACAAGAAAGAUUACAGAUUAUAUAUAAUUCAUAAGUUGCCCCAAGUGCGCAUUUUGGACUUUCAAAGAGUUCGAAAGAUUGAGAGAGAUACAGCAACUAAAAUGUUCAAAGGCAAGAAAGGUCAAGCUCUUGCGGAAGAUCUCGGAAAGAAGUCCAAUACUUUUGUACCUGGCGAACCAGUAAAAGUACCUCAAAGAACGGCCGCAGAGAAAGAGGAAAGAGAUCUCAUCAAAAAAGCAAUUGAGAAUGCUGAUUCGAUGGAGAGUGUAGAAAAACUUCAAGCUAUGCUAAAAUCAGGACAAGUUCCUGGCCGAGAUGAUGUGCAUAUGGAUAUAGCAAAGGCCGCAAACGGAGAUAGAGAGGACGAAGAUAUGGACACUUAA